GAGUUUUUUGUAGCUAACAGCUAAGUUGGUAUUGGGGUCUAAUGCAAACACUGCAAGGAAUACUGGGGAUCAAGCACCCCACAAUAAAGCUUUCCGCAGGACACAAGGGCACAAGCACCUCCUGAGUGGGCCGCUGCUGCAGAGGGAGCUGACCCACAUCUGUGCAACAGUAGGGUUCUGGAUGUUUUCCACAUGUGGAUUCUUCUCUCUCUUUUUAAUGGCUGCUGGAUGACUUGGCCAAGCCCUGAGUCCUCCAGCUGAUCCUCCUCUUUGGGAAGAUGCCGCUCCCUUUUGGGUUGAAAUUAAAGCGGACUCGAAGAUACACAGUGUCCAGCAAGAGCUGCCUGGUAGCUCGAAUUCAGCUGCUGAACAAUGAGUUUGUGGAGUUCACCCUGUCUGUGGAGAGCUCAGGGCAGGAAUGUCUGGAGGCUGUGGCCCAGAGGCUGGAGCUAAGAGAGGUAACGUACUUUAGCCUGUGGUAUUACAACAAGCAGAACCAGCAGAGAUGGGUUGAUUUGGAUAAACCACUGAAGAAACAGCUUGAUAAGUAUGCUGUGGAACCAACUAUGUAUUUUGGAGUGGUGUAUUAUGUGCCUUCGGUCUCCCAGCUGCAGCAGGAGAUAACCAGAUAUCAGUAUUACCUACAACUGAAGAAGGACAUUUUAGAGGGGAAAAUUCCGUGCACACUGGAACAGGCGGUUCAGCUAGCCGGUCUAGCUGUGCAAGCUGAUUUUGGAGACUUUGACCAGUAUGAAUCGCAGGAUUUUCUGCAACGAUAUGCUUUGUUUCCAGUGGGGUGGAUACAAGAUGAAAAAGUAUUGGAAGAAGCAACGCAAAAUGUUGCCCUGCUGCACCAAAAACUCAGGGGUCUCUCUCCUCCAGAAGCGGAGAUGUUGUAUAUGCAGGAGAUUGAGAGAUUGGAUAACUAUGGGGAAGAGACCUACCCUGCUAAGGACAGCCAAGGUACAGACCUCUCUAUUGGAGCUUGUCUAAAUGGUAUAUUUGUAAAGCACAAAAAUGGCAGACCGCCUGUAGUUUUUAGGUGGCUCGAUAUCGCAAACAUGUCCCACAACAAGUCUUUCUUUACUUUAGAACUGUCAAAUAAAGAGGAAACCAUCCAGUUUCAAACUGAGGACAUGGAAACUGCCAAAUACGUCUGGCGCAUGUGCGUCGCUAGACACAAGUUCUACAGACUAAACUGCAGCGUGGAGCCCCCAGAUCCUCCUCCUCCUGUGGAAGUGUUGCAGAAAUCUUUCUCUCUUCUUUCUUUCCAACGCUUUCCAAUUCUCUCUCGUCCUUCUCUUCCUAAAGGACAAUCUCAGGCUGUGAACCCAGUGAGAAGGAGAUCCUCAACAAGAGUGUCCCUGCCCAAACAUCAGCCUUACAUGAUGCCCCCUCCACAAAUGCAUUAUAACGGGCACUACAAUGAACCAUAUACAUCUUCACAAGAUAACCUCCCUGUUUUUGUGAGCAAUCAAAAUGGAUACUAUUAUCACUCCCAGACCAGUCUUGACCGAACCCCACAUGAUUACAAUGGUAGAAUCCGUAAUGGUAGCGUUUACAGUGCUCAUAGCACCAACUCCCUAAAUACCCAGCAGCACUACAUGCAGCCUUCACCCAUGUCAUCUAAUCCCAGCAUCACAGGAAGUGACAUCAUGAGACAAGAGCACAUGCCUUCAUACCGCCAUAGUGCCCUCAUUCCACCCUCUUAUCGUCCGACACCUGACUAUGAGACUGUAAUGAGGCAACUUAAUAGAGGCAUGAUGCAUUCAGACAGAGUGAGUCACUCAAUGCGAAAUUUAAAUAUUAGCAAUUCAUAUGCCUACAGCAGGCCAGAUGCUUUGGUUUACAGCCAGCCGGAAAUCCGGGAACAUGCUCAGUUCACUACCCCACAAUCCAAUCAUUAUCCAUUUAACCUAAAUUACAGUUUUCAUAGCCAAUCUCCAUAUCCUUACCAAGCUGAGAGGCGUCCUGUUGUUGGAGCUGUCAGUGUUCCUGAGUUAACAAAUGUCCAACUGCAGGCACAAGACUACACUGCUGCUAAUAUCAUGAAGACCCAAGUUUAUCGGCCUCCUCCCCCAUAUCCAUACCCACGUCCAGCCAAUAGCACACCAGAUCUAACAAGGCACCAUGCCAGUAGUAGCAAUCCUGACUUAAUCACCAGGCGAGUCCACCAUUCGGUUCAGAUGUUCCAGGAGGAUAGUUUGCCAGUUGCUCAUUCACUUCAAGAGGUAAGUGAACCCUUGACCUCUGCAAAUCGUGCACAGCUGCAAAAGAGGAACAGCAUUGAAAUUGCUGGACUGAUGCAGAGUUUUGAAGGUAUAAGGGUGAAGGAAAGGACCACCUCUAAAUCUGCUGCCAAUAUUGCACCACAGAGAAUCUUGCCAACUGAACCCCAAACAAAUGUCUAUAUGGAUAGAACUAAGGAAGAGCAGAGUGGGGAGCAUGAAAGAGGCAGAUAUGGUCACAAGAAGUCCCUCUCUGAUGCAACCAUGCUUAUACACAGUAGUGAGGAUGAUGAAGAGGAUACUGAAGAAGAUAACAGAACCAAUCUAUCUCAAACACCCAUCAGCUAUGAUAGAACUCAGCUGCGUACUGUCAUGGAAACCUACCCUGAUGAACAAGAACCUAGCUAUCCUUUCGCUUCUGUUCCUGCUAACCAUUUGCACAUCUAUGAGCAUAAACCAUCAGAAAUGGAGAAUGAGAGACGGCUUAAAGUGUUCAGCCCUGUGCAAUUUCAAGGAGAUACCUUGUCCUAUAGGAGAGGUGAGGGGACUAUUCCUCCGUCAGUGUCUGAGUCAGACCUUACAGCUGUUACUGUUAGAUACAGAGUGAAAAAGGACCCUGUAAAGAAGAGGCCUGUGUCUGAUGUCCUCUCUGGAAAGAAGGAUAUUGUUGAUGGACUUCCUCCUUUAGGGGGCAUAAAGAAAAGCAGUCGAACAGAAGCUAAAAAAAUGGGUCCUCUUAAACUAGCGGCGUGGAAUGGGCUAUCACUGUCUCGUUUGCCCUUACAAGAUGAAGAGAGAGAGGAACCUGCCAGAGCUUCUAAUGAUGAGCGGUGUAAGCUUUUGGAGCACCGACUGGAGCAGGGCAUGGUGUUUACAGAGUAUGAACAAAUCCACAAGAAACGUCUCUCAGACAACGAAUGCUCCAUAGCUCGACUUCCUGAGAAUGCAGAAAGGAACCGAUUUCAGGAUGUGCUGCCUUACGAUGACACUAGAGUGGAGCUGGUUCCCACAAAAGAAAACAACACUGGUUAUAUUAAUGCUUCCCACAUUAAGGUAACGGUUGGGGGAGUUGAAUGGGAUUAUAUUGCGACACAGGGCCCACUGCAGAGCACAUGUCAGGAUUUCUGGCAGAUGGUUUGGGAGCAGGGAGUUGCCAUUAUUGCAAUGGUAACACUGGAAGAGGAGGGUGGACGAGAGAAAAGUUAUCGCUACUGGCCUAGACUUGGCUCAAGGCACAACACAGUGACUUAUGGGAGGUUUAAGAUCACCACCAGAUUUCGUACUGAUUCCGGCUGCUAUGCUACAACUGGGCUGAAGAUAAAGCACCUCCUAACAGGCCAGGAGAGGACAGUGUGGCAUCUACAGUACACAGACUGGCCAGAGCACGGCCACCCUGAAGACUCCAAAGGAUUCCUUUCUUACCUAGAGGAGAUCCAAUCAGUACGCCGUCAUACAAACAGCUCAACGGACCCGAACAGCCCAAACCCCCCGGUGCUUGUUCACUGCAGUGCAGGGGUCGGACGCACAGGGGUAGUACUCUUAUCUGAGGUUAUGAUUGCGUGUCUGGAACAUAACGAGAUGCUGGACAUCCCUAGCGUCCUAGACAUGCUGAGACAACAGAGAAUGAUGAUGGUGCAAACAAUUUCUCAGUACACUUUUGUAUACAAAGUUCUGAUUCAGUUCUUGAAGAAUUCGCGGCUGAUCUGACUUCAUUUGUAAAACAAGAACAUCUUGCCUCCCUAAAAGGGGUUCUGCUGGCAUUCUGCAGGAGUCAGUCAGUGUGAUCAGUAUGCAAUAUUGUUUAAAUUGCAGAGCAAUUUAUCAGAUUCUUUUUCAGUGGACAUACGGAACCAGGUUCAUUUUAAAAGGUGCUAAGCCUUUGUGCAUUUUGAAUCUCUAUUGACAACGUCUUAUUGGUCAUACAGGGCUAUGUACUUUUUAGUAAAUCUGGAGGCUGACCUCUGAGAGGUCACAAUCUCUGUAAAUCCAGGAACGCAGAGUGGGGCAUUGCCUUAGUGCGCUUUACAAAAAAAAAUACAAUCUCCUACCUGUAGAGGGCAGUACAAGCUGCAAGAAGUUAUGCUACAUAUGGAGAACUGACUCCAUUAAAAGAGACUGGGUUCUCCGUUAACCAUAGCUGCUGCUUAUAUCUACAGGGGUUAAUUGUACAAAAAGUACAUUUUAGCAGUAUUAAUAUAUAAAGCUCUGAUUUUACUGGCUGAAAUCAAACACAUGAUGCUAAUGACAUUUAAAGCACUUUUUAUUUUUAUUUUCUCGCUUUCUUAUUUAUAAUGUUGCAAACAUGUUUAACCCUACAGCGUUUUAAUCUGACAUUUUGUUUUUACUAACAAGCUGAUCACAGUAAGACGAAGGUUGAAUGUGAUGGAGUGAUAGGUAAUGGUAGUGUUUGCGUUUUUUUAUAUUUUAUUUUUUAAUAAAAAAUAUAUGCUCUUAUUUUUUGGAUGAGCUUGACUGCAGUACCACAGAAUCUGCCCCAAUUUUUAAAGGGAGAUAUUAAAUCUUUUAAAAUAUUUAACUAACAGUUGUAGGACACAUUAAAGGGAUAUUAAACCCAAAUUUGUAUUUCAUGAUUCAAAAAGAGCAUGCAAUUUUAAGCAACUUUCUAAUUUACUACUAGUAUCAAUUUCCCAUCGUGCUUUUGGCAUCUUUAUUUCAAAAAGUAGGAAUGUAAGCUAAAGAGCUGGCCUAUUUUUGGUUCAGAACCCUGGCUAGCACUUGCUGAUUGUUGGCUACAUUUAGAGAUCAAUAAGUAAGUGCAACCCAGGUUCUGAACAAAAGAUGGGCUGGCUCCUAUGCAUACAUUCCUGCUUUUCGAAUAAAGAUACCAAGAGAAGGAAGAAAACUUGGUAAUAGGAGUAAAUUAGAAAGUUGCUUAAAAUUGCAUGCUCUAUCUGAAUCAUGAAAAUGUAAUUUUGACUUUAGUGUCCCUUUAACUGUACAAUCCUUACACAAUAAAUGAAUAUGCGCUUUUUGUAUAAAUGGUAUUGAAUUUGAAGUGACAUACAUUUUUUUUUUUUUUAUAGAAAAUGAUUUAUAUAUAUAAAUGGUUUAUAAUCUCUUACUAAAUUACAUCUUAAAGGUUUGUAAUUUAAAAAAAAAACACUAUUCCCUUUUGUAGGGAAGAGCGCAAAAUGUUGCCUUAUACCAUUUAGAAGUCGAUUUAUCAAGCUGCAGCGGACAGGGGCGCAUAUACGUGCCCCUGUCCACCGCAGCUAGUCUCUGGCGGGCUGAAUACACAUGGUGGAAUUCAGCAUUGCACAGGAGCGCUAUUUUGCGCUCGCGUGCAAUCCCGCCUCCUGCACGCGCACAGCCAAUCAAGCGGGGGCAGCAGCUGUCAAUCUCCCUGUUCGGAAGAGACAAGGGAGAUUGAAAUUCGCCACCUAAGAGGUGGUGAAAGGGUAGGGAAGCAGUGGUCGUCUGACCGCUGCUUGUCAAAUACGGCGUGCAGGUUCUUUUAAAUCGACCCCUUAGUCUCUUGCCUUCAUUUAUGGAGAUCCUUGCUCUGUAAGUUGGAUUUUUAAAGUGCAUUUUGGCUUCAAUACCUGUAGAACUUAACUGCAUGAUUAAUUAGUUUCCAUGGAAAUUCAAUGUAUCAGCCAUACAAUUCAGUGUAUCUACUUUCACAUGUCCUUCAUGGUAAAGUCAUAUAUAGAGCAAUAUUUAUCAAUUUGGGAGAGUACAGGAUUCCCAUGCAGUGAACCUGUUUGCAUCGUAUCGCAUAUUUUGGGGUGAAUGUGUUCCCCUUAUUUAUCAUUGCACGAGGGAACACUCAUGCAAUACUGCCCCUUCUACCGCUUGAUAAAUGAGUUGCAGGCUCAAAUGAUUGAGCCUGCAACCGAUCGGGGCAUUCGCCCUGUCAUAAUUCUUGCCCAUAUUGUCUAGCAACAAUGUCAAACACUCAAUUUCUAUGUUUUUAUAUGUCCGUAGUUUUACGUAAUUGUGUUUAAAGGGAAGGUUUAAUGGAAAAUUAAAUUAGAUGUUCUAAUUUGUUACAGCAUGUGAUUUUGUCAUGUCUUAUGUGUUUUAAUCCCUGCAAUGGGAUACUAAGUUUUUCCUUUCAAUACAAGGAAUGAGUUGAUUUUAAAACUUUUUUUUUUUUUUAUCAUUUUACUUCCUCAUAUUUAGAUAUUUGAGAGCAGUGCUCUCAGCCUUUUGUGAUUAUGUGGAUUCACUGCUUUCACUAGCUUUGAAACUGUUCCAUUUCACUGCAUUUUUAUACAUUUUUAAAAUUCUUCAUUGUCCCUUAAAUGUAAUUUUUAUGCCAUUGCAGUUCUUAAACUGUUCUUUUUUUCCUACACUUUGAGGGUUAUUUUGCAUUUUAUGUUGUUGAAACACUGAGUAUAAUGAACUGCUUAACGGAUUUACAUGUAAUGGUGCUAAUAGACCAUUAUAUUGGUAUAUAUUGCUAUUGAUAUUAUAUAAGAUUGCAAAAUUAGCUGAUAUUAUAUUGGUGAGUGGCGAAAUGCACGUUGACUGAUCACACAAUGUGAUAUUACUACACCAAGAACAAAUAUAAGGCCAGGUUGUAAUUUGGACACUUGCUGCAGUGUCAAUGUUCUUAAACAGUCAUAGAUUAUGUACGUUUUAAAUUGAGAUAGCGACUAUAUUGUAAUUAUUUUUGGUCAGAAAUGUUACAGUACAAAUUGCUGUCACUUCAUUUCUUCCAUUGUAACUGUACCUUCAAUAUGCUGAAAUUAAAAGCAUUAUAUAGCAGCGACAAUCUGUAAAAUAGCUAUAUAUAUAUGGUUUGUAAUAGAUUUAUGGAAAGUAUUGUUUUUUUUUUCUUUCUUUACAGAGAACCAGAUAUGAAGGAAUAAAUUUAAAAAGCUGUGAAAUGUAUAUUGGCAUUUCUUUUUUGUAUGUGACUUUAGACAGUUGUGUGUUAAUGAUAUUUAAGGUAAGAUUACCAGUUAAAACCUCUUAUCAUACAAGAAAGACAAAUCCAUGUGCCAAAAAAACGAAGGUUGUAUAUGUGUAAUAUAUCCUGAAUGUGAUCUAUAAAAAUGUGCAACUUCUGGCUGAAUGAGGAUGUUUGAAAUAAUUAUAGAAUGUUAUUAACACCUGUCUGCUGAAAGAUACACAAGUAAGUUUUACAAGAAUGUCCUUAUUUUUAACCCAUUAGCUCCUGAAGAGAGCAGCAGCCCAUGUUGUAUAUGAACUAGUGAUAUAACCUUUUUAAGAUGUCAGGAAUACAAAAUAUGGCAUUUUAGUAGCAAAAUAUAGCACAAUAUCAGAAAAUUACAAAUAACUUAUUACAUUUAUAUUUCAAAAGUGUCUGAAAUCUGGAUAUAUUUGUCCAUUUUGUUCUGGCCCACAAUGCCUGCAAUUUUCCAUUACAAAAUAAUCUUUCCUUAUGAUCUGCCACUACAUUAAUUUACGUGAAAGGAAAUAGGCUCUUCCUGUUCUAAACAGAGGGUUUUCUAAGCAUAUCUAUACUUUUUAUUCCUUAAAAAGUUAAUCGCUUAAUUAAAAUAAAAAAUGCUAUUUUUUCUGUACAAUUUUUGCAGCAUUGCAGCAUUACUGUGUUAUUCGGCCUGUGCAAAGAAUAAACACUGCUCUGGAUAGAUAUGUUAUAUUCCUUUGUAUCUCAUAAAACAAUGGUGUAAAAUAGAAUUUACAUGAUUGUGUUUAUUAUAUAGAAAGUCUGGGAAGAGGAAUUAAAGGAACAUUAAAGACUAAAUGCUAAGCAGAACGAUCUUUUCAAAGAUUAGCUUGAGAAUAAUAUUUAGAUGCAUUAACAAAAAUAUAUAUUUGUUUGAAUAUAAAAAAAUAAAUAAGUGGAAAGCGAUAGACACUGCGAUGUUGUUAUCUAGAUUUUCUUCUGUGCUGAGACCAAUUAAGAAUAGUUAAAAACGGAACACUAGAGCGUGUGACCAAUGACUGUGUAGAACAGUGUUUCUCAUUCGCGGUCCUCAAAUACCCCUAACAGGCCAGGUUUCAUAAUAGCUGUACUAGAGCACAGGGGAAAUAAUCAGCUGAUCAGUAACCAUGGUUACUAACCAUUUCUUUGCCACAUAUGAGGAUGGCGCGAUUAUCUGAACUGAAUGGAAGGAAACAGAAUAUGUUCAAAUGUUCUGAUUAUUUUGAAAACUUUCUGCAUUAAGCAGAUUCAGCAGAAUGUGACAAGUCACUUAGAUUGGAUGUGGCUAUGCUACAACAUAAAAAUGAUGGAAAUGGCAGAUCAACAGAGGGAGAAGUAUUUUUGGGAUAGAAGUCAAAUAUGAGACCAUAUGCAGCAGGUGUAGGCUCUAAGGCUGUUCUCAGGCACUAGAAUGGAGGAUAAUGUUUGGGUCAAACCUUGACACUUUAGUUUGCAAAUAGUUUGGAAGUUUGAGCCUUAUCAAGCUGUCUUGAUAAAUUAAAUAAACCUGCACAGGUCCUACAUGUCAAUGUUGCUUCAAGCUUGACUAUCAUUAUUAAUGAGAAAGUAAAGUCUGUUUUUUUCUUUUGGGAUUCAGAUAGGGCAUUACGGUUUAAACAACUUUCUAAUUUUCUUUUAUUCUCUUAUUUACUUUGUUCUCUUGGUAUUCUUUGCUGCAAAGUAUACCUGUGUAGGCUUAGGCACAGCAAUGCACUACUCGUGAGCUAGCUUGUUAUUGGUGGCUGCACAUAUGCCUCUUUUGGCAGUGGCUCUCCACGUGUAUUCAGUUAGCUUGCAGUAGCACAUUCCUGCUACCUUCAACAAAGGAUAGCAAGAGAAUGAAGCAAAUCUGAACCUUUUUUUUUUUUUUUAAAUUGUGCUCUCUGCCUGAACCUUGAAAUAAAUAUUUUCAGUUGCAUGUCCCAUUUUAGCUGCUUAGGAGUAAAUAUAAUAAAAAGAAUCACUAAGAAUUCCAACAUAUGCCAAAGAGAGAUAAACUGAUCCAUAUUAGACCCGAAAUAGACCAGUACUUUUCUCAGUAUAGAAACAAAUCAGCACGUCCUCAUUUUACCGAGUUAUUGACAUAUUUGAGAAUCCUGGUCUACAAGUUCCCUUAGAAAUUUCAGUUUUUAAAAUUCACAAUUCACUAUAAUAUUCACUAGUUACAAUAAUAUUCUUUUAGGCCACACAAACUCUACAAAAACAUCACAAAAGCUUUGGUCAUUAUGAAGGCAAUUCUUCACUAAUCUGUUCAGCAAACAAUUACAGAGCAAAUUAGUAGUGUAAUGGCUAAUAAUUCAUGUCCAUGAUUUAGCAAUUUCCAAAUAAAAUGGGUCGCUAAGCUUCUGAUUUACUUUCUUUUAGGUUUACUAACAAGAAUUAAGCAAAUGGAAUGGUAUGGGACAUGCAUUUGUUUCUGCACACAUCUAUAUGAGUAUUUAAGAGCAGUUACUCUUGGGAAUUUAACCUUUAAUUUUAGAACAUUUAACAUUCUACUAACCAAAACAAAUAUAUUCUGAGAAGUUACAUUUGUAAUUGUGCGCUAAGUUUAGGGUGACCAUAUUGCCGCUUUAAAAAUGGGACACAUGAAAAAUACAUAUGUCAGGGUUCUUAUAUAAAACAUUUCUUUAAGCAGCCCUGAAAACAGCCCAGACAUAUGUAUUUUUCAUACGUGUCCCUUCUUAAAGCGGAAAUAUGGUCACCCUAAAAGUUGCAUGUCAUUUUCCAUGUUUGCAUACAGGGGAGUCAACACUUUGACACCUUCAGAUGCCCGCUACAGGAAGACGUUAUAGAAGUAGGCAAAUGGUGCAUCAUGGGAAAUGUAUGGGCCAAGUUUGAUCACCCUUAGAUUUAGUGCAUGCUGUAAUGGAAAAUAUACCAUAAAAAUGAAAUAAUUACAGUUAAGAUUUAUUUACAUAUUUCCUAAAACGUUCAAUAUUUAAUAUGGUCCCUGUUAUAGCAGAUGAGUAUAAAAAAAACUGUUACAGAGCUAUAAUGUCUUUAAAGUACACCUGAUGUUCACGUUGUCAAAGUAUCCGUAGGACACAGCAAUCUAAACUAGCUUCCUUGAGAUCUUCUGAUGUUUUUGUUGGAAUUAAAGUGAUGUGAAUGUGCCAGUAAAGUGUAGUAGAUGGCUGUAAUUCAAUGAUCAUGAUGGUAAUGGUAUGUGUGAGAGAGUAUACAAGUGGUAUAAAAGUUCUAUGUAUUCAGGCUUUAGAUUUAAAGUGAAUUGAGAGAUACAGAAUUUAGACACAGGCCCCAAGAGACACUGAGGUUUUCAGCUUGCCUAUUUCUUUCAUAUAGGUGGCGAGAGUCCACGAGCUGUUACUGAUGGGGGGAUAUACAUCCCUAACAGGAGUAAUGUAUAUCCCAUCCGUAACAGCUUGUGGACUCUCGCCACCAUAAAAGAAAUUAAUUUAUCGGGUAAGUUCUUACAUAAAUUAUGUUUUCUUCUUUAAAAGGACAUGUUACCCAUAUUCAGGAAACUAUGAUAUUAAUCUUACUGUGCAGAAAAGGAAGAUUUUUUUUUUUUACCACAACAUUUCUUCUGUAGCCACAUCCCAUUGUAGAGGGACUUUAAACAUCCAAUCUGAAUGCUUGUUCAGAACCUGUCAUGUGAAGGGAGGUUUACUGUGAAAUCCCACAAAACGAUGGCAAAAUCCCAGUACAUUAUGCUAAUGGACUGGUUUUUGUUUGUUUGUUUGUAAAGCGGCUGUUUUUUUGUGUAAAGUAUAAAGAUGAAAAUACAAAGAACAAAUGAAUGGUAUCCGCUCACAUUGCAGUUACACUGCUGAGUUGAAACCUUAUGGUAACAUGUCCCUUUAACUUGAACUUUGGAGACACUAAUUCAUUCAAUAUGUAAAUGAGAACAUUUAGAAUGUAAUUAGAUUGUUUUGGUCAAUUUUGGCUUAGACUAAAGUCUGUAAUGCAACAUAUUCCAUAGGAUUGUAUGCUUGAAUGACAUAGUAUGGAGUCCAGCUCCUAUACAGAAUGUAUAAUUUUGUAAAAUUAGAGCAGCUCUUACACUUGUAAAAUGGAAACUGUAAGUGUAUGUGCUUGUGUUACCAAAUAUGUAAUAUAUGUGAUAUUUUAUGCAAAAUGAACAUAGUAUAUUUUUGCCAUGGAAAUAAAUAUUUGAUGCAGUA